CAUUCAAGCAUAAAACUAGUCUUCAUCUCUUCGCUCUUCCAUCUUUCAUUUCUUCAUCGGCACCAUCAUGUCGCACAGGAAAUUUAGUGCCCCUCGACAUGGCUCGAUGGGAUUCUACCCGAAGAAGAGGUCCCAAAGACAUCGUGGAAAGGUAAAGGCUUUUCCAAAGGAUGAUCCCAGCAAACCUGUGCAUCUAACAGCUUUUGUUGGCUACAAAGCUGGGAUGACUCAUGUACUGAGAGAAGUGGAUCGUCCUGGUUCAAAGGUAAAUAAGAAGGAGAUCGUAGAGGCAGUUACUAUCCUUGAGGCACCACCAAUGAUCGUGGUUGGCCUUGUUGGAUAUAUUGAAACGCCACAUGGAUUAAGAGCACUUGCUACCGUCUGGGCAGAACAUCUGUCGGAGGAUUGUCGCAGACGUUUCUACAAGAACUGGUACAAGAGCAAGAAGAAGGCCUUUACAAAAGCAUCGAAGAAAUGGCAAGACGACCUUGGCCGUAAAUCUAUUGAGGCGGACCUAAAAAAGAUCAAGAAGUACUGCACCGUCGUUCGCAUUAUCGCUCAUACUCAGAUGAAGCUGUUGAGGCAGCGUCAGAAGAAAGCGCACAUUAUGGAGAUCCAGUUGAACGGUGGUACUAUCGAAGACAAGGUGCAGUGGGCGCGCGAACACCUGGAGAAACCCGUGCCUGUUAAUAAUGUGUUCACAGCCGACGAAAUGAUUGACGUGAUUGGCGUGACCAAGGGCAAGGGUUACAAAGGUGUUACAUCCAGAUGGCAUACCAAGAAAUUGCCACGCAAAACACACAAAGGUUUGAGGAAGGUCGCCUGUAUCGGCGCGUGGCAUCCCAGCCGCGUAUCAUUCACUGUUGCACGUGCUGGUCAGAAGGGAUAUCACCAUCGUACCGAGAUGAAUAAGAAAAUCUACAGAAUUGGACAGGGUAUCCACACCAAAGACGGCAAAAUCGUGAAAAACAACGCUUCGACGGAGUACGAUCUUACCGAAAAGACUAUCACACCUCUGGGUGGCUUCCCACAUUACGGUGAAGUGAACAACGACUUCGUCAUGAUCAAGGGAUGCUGCAUGGGUUCGAAGAAACGUGUAAUUACUCUCAGAAAGUCUUUGUUGGUGCACACGAAGAGAUCCGCAUUGGAGAAGAUCAACCUCAAGUUUAUCGAUACCAGUUCCAAAUUCGGACACGGUCGCUUCCAGACCGCCGCCGAUAAGGCCUCCUUCAUGGGACAACUCAAAAAGGAUCGCCUGCGUGAGGAUCAAGCACAAGCUAGCAGUUCGGCACCGAAUACUGCAGCCGCGCAGUAAAUUUGUCUAUUCUGUACUGCACAUUAUCAAAAAGAUGAUAAUGGAGAAAUAUAAUUCACAAAAUAUAAAA